AUGACUGUUGUUUCGCGAACUGCAACGAACGAUAGAAGAGCUCCAGCAAGUCGUCAACAAAAUCGACGACAACAUUAUGGGCACAGAGUGCUGAUGACGAUGAAAACCCUUACCGCCAGCAUUUGUCAGAAGCAGGGCGCGGACACGGAUCGUUCCGAACAGUUCACUCGUUAUCGCAGUAGGACUAGAUCCUCCACACCAGGUCGACGUGCAGAACCCACGCAGCACAAGCUGCAGUGCGUGUUCUGCAGAAGGCCUGACCAUCUUUCCGCAGACUGUGAUCUGGUCACGUCUCCACAGGCCAGACAGAAAGUCAUCACCGCAGAGAAUCUUUGCCGCAGAUGUUUCGCUAAAGGGCAUAGGACCACCACGUGUAACCAGCCGCUAUGUGCGCUUUGCGGACGAGAUCACCACGAGUCACUGUGUCAAUCACGGGGCCGUGCUGACCGUCAGCAGAGUCCAUGGCGCGGACGCGCCAGGUAUCCUACACCCAUUCCGAGAAGAUCCGCAAGCAGAUCCUCGAACGCAUACCGAUCGCAAUCGCGGUCACCUUCCGCGAACCGACGGUAUCCGUCUCGAGAGGUCUCUUUUCGCGAACCCGACAGAGUUCCCAUGCGAAGUCGUUCACCACGUCCAGUUGGGAGAAGACGUUCGCUCUCGAACUCUCGUCAAAAUUCUAUUACCGCAACCAUGUUAAACCCAGGAGUUACACCAGAGACGGACGAGCCGAGCAGGAGUGAUUUUGAGCCGUUUGACUACUCGGUGGUCAACAGUUCGACUUCACUUCCAGUCGAUCCCCGACUCAUGGUGGUUACUUCUAGGUCUACGAACAUGAAUACUCGCCAAGAUGAAGUUCUUGUGAUGCUGCUCGACAGUGGAGCGCAGCACAGCUUCAUCAGAGAAGAUACCGCAAAACGGCUUGGACUCCGGUUUUCCGAACCAUGCCCGUUCACUACUCGCGGCUUUGGAGGACACGUCUCCACAGAGAUGUCAUCCUUAGUCACAAUAGUGAUUCACGAUCAAGUUAACGCCUCUAUGCGCCUACGACUUAGGACACGUAAGGUAACCACGACGAUACGCGCGAACGCUCAUAUCCUUCACGAAUCCGGACGAAGUUCUCGUUGGGUACGCCCGAAUGCUUCAGAGUCGUCGAACCAAGAAGAGGAAGUCGAUGUGGACAUCCUCAUUGGCAUCGAUUACUAUUGGAGCAUCGUCGAUCCAGCAAGGAUUCGCCGACUUCCAUCAGGAUUGACGUACGUGCAUACUCGUUUUGGACCGACGUUGUCCGGUCAGCAACGUUACCGCUCUCCAUCAUCCAUUAUCGCAAACGUUUCACUAGCCAACGUUGUUCUCGCUACCACUCAGCAUGCUGCUGACUUCGAUCUUCGUAGGCUUUGGGAUCUUGAAUCCCUCGGCAUUCACGAUGAUCCGAGCACAGAGCAUGAUGAUGAGGUUAAUCGCCAAGUUGUUAAACAUGUUGCUAGAUGGAACGAACUCGUGGACGGAAUCGAGGGUUACAGGUGUUCUGUUCCCCGAUUCAUUGUGCAUAAAGAUGCAGACUCCGAACACGAGUUACUCAUUUUCGCCGACGCAUCCAAGCAUGCAUUUGCCGCAGUCGCCUAUCUACUAAGCAGAUCUGGCGACAACGUUCAAUCGCAUCUGCUCAUGGCUAAAGCCAGAGUAGCUCCGCUGGACGAGGUAACCAUUCCUCGCCUGGAGCUCAUGGCUUGCCUCAGUGCAGUACUUCUCGCUCAGUUCCUUUAUAAAGAACUGAAAACACCUAUUAAGACGAUUCGUUUCUUCUCCGACUCGCACAUAGCCCUCUACUGGAUUCAUUCCAGUAGACCGCUUAAAACCUUUGUUGCGAACCGGGUAAAGAAGAUUCGCACCUUAUUACCGCCUUUCCACUACAUUAACACAGACCUGAAUCCAGCAGAUUGUGCAACAAGAGGACUCUCAGCUCGAGAGAUCUCUGAGCACAUUUGGUGGAAAGGUCCACCACACAUCUGCUUACCGCCGUCACAAUGGCCAGAUUCGGAAGUCGACUUCGCAGUCUUACCCAGCUCAGUUCUGGAAACAGAUCUUGAGUAUAAGGAGACGACUGUGAUUUCGAAUCCGUCUCAUGUGUCCAUUUUACCGCUCGCACACACCAGUCACUACGACAGGUUAGUGCGUAUUACCGCGUACGUUCUUCGUUUCCUUCGCAGUACAGUUUACGACAAAGUCUCAUCCGAGACACGUAAACGUAUUGACGAAUUUUUACCGCUGUUCGAAUUCCGAACAAUUAGUCGCCAGCAAAUACGCACAGCAGAACUCGUUCUGCUACGUGAGCAUCAGAGAGAAGCUGUGCAUUCGACACGGCAAGACAUUUACCGCGACUCAUUUGGCAUCAUUCGAGUUAACACUCGCAUGCGCCAAGAACAGUCAUCUUCGCAGAAUCAUCCGAUUCUGCUCAUGCCGAAUCACCCGUUUACCGCCAUGAUUAUCACCUCUUGGCAUUGUAAGUUACACCAUGCAGGCGCUAAUCAUAUUACCGCUACGCUCCGACCCCUGUUCUUCAUGCCUCGCAUGCAUAGAACAGUGAAAUCGUUUAACACGCUUCGACCCAUUGAUCUUAUCAGCCCUUAUUUCCAUGUAGGAUAUUUUACCGCAACCUCUCGCCAGUCGCCUUUUUACGUCUAUGAUCUUUCCGAUUCACUGACGAAAGAGGCACUUCGAGAGAGUUACGAUACGUUAGUUACCGCACUUGACCAUUUCUGGAAGCUUUGGCGCGAGGACUAUCUUCAGACGCUCGCCCAACGCCAACAGAAACUGGCCAAGAACGCACCAGGAUCUAAGGCGCGACCAGCCGUAGGAGAUCUCGUGGUCGUGAAGACGGAAGACAUGCCGAGAGCUCAUUGGCCUCUCGCGGUCAUCACUCGCCUUCACGUAUCCAAAGAUGGCCAUACGCGCUCCGCGCAGAUCCGUACCGCUAAAAACACUCUUCUGGAUCGCUCCAUCAAGCACCUUAUUCCGCUAGAGAUCCAUGUAGAGAAAGAACUUACCGCAGAAUCAUCCUCACCAACCCCUACGAGGACUCAACCGCCGAGACGAGUGAAGCGAGCAAAACGCCAUUAG